UCUUAUUUCGCGUGUGCUCUGCAAAAUGCAACAAGGGUCACCCAUAAAGAAAAUCUUUACAUCUGGAAGAUGGAAGCUUAUAUUUACCUUCGGGGUGAUGGCAGUAUCAAACUUAUUUGCCUGGUGUUGCCUUUCCCUUUUACCACCGUUUUUCCCAUUGGAGGCGCAGAAAAAAGGAGCAAGCUGGACAAUCAUAGGCCUUAUAAGUUCCUGUUCUGAACUGGUCAUCUUCCUUGUGUCGCCGCUGUUCGGACGUUUGAUGUCUGCCUCUUGCCCUCGAUACUUCUACAUCUCUGGAUUGUGCAUAGUCGGCAUCUGCAUCAUAUUGUUUGGGUGGAUAAACCAUGCGCCAGAUGGAAUUCCGUUCAUUGCCAUCUGUUUCGCAGUGAGGGUUCUUGAGGCAUUUGGAACAGCGUCUCUUCUCACGGCCAGCUUCGCCAUCGCCACCAUUAACUUCCCCGACAACGUGGGGACAAUCUAUGGUAUCUUGGAGACAGUGACGGGGUGUGGAUUCAUGCUGGGCCCGGCUAUAGGAGGAGGACUCUAUCAGCUUGGAGGGUACAGUCUCCCCUUUUGUGUACUUGGUGGAUGUGCCUUUGCUUGUGGGGCUGUCUCAUUGGCUCUCGUGCCAUCCCAAAAGUAUGAAGUGACAGAAGACAAAGGUAAAUGUCUGUCCAUCAUGACGUUACUCCGAAGUCCCCUGGUAUGGUUUGGGGGUUUUGGUAUUGAAAGUGCUCUCAUCUGUUUCACCGUUUGGAACCCUGUCUUUGCUGAUCAUCUUACCCAGUUCAAGCUCAGCCAUGGUGUCAUCGCUCUGAUCUUUAUUAUUUGUCCAGCAAUCUAUUCGUUCACAACGCCUUUUUGGGGAUUGCUGCUUGAUAAAAAACAGGUACCGGUAAUUCCUUUGAUGUUGGCGGGUCUGACUUGUAGCGGAAUUACAUUGCUGUUCUUUGGACCUGCACCUUUUAUUCCAACUGUUACUCCAUCCUUCUGGCUGACCAUCACAACCCAGGCGUGCCUUGCCUUAUCCUUGGGGCCAGUUAUCGUUAGUUCUAUGAAGUGCAUCGUUAUUGGCGCCAGGGAGUUGGGCUUUAAAGAUGACCGUAAACAAGCCAGUAUUGUCUCGGGCAUUGUGUGUUCUGCCACCAGUUUAGGUACGUUCUGUGGUCCGUUGCUUGGCGGGGUGCUGACUGAAUAUUUUGGAUACGAAUACGCAAUGGCACUAAGCACUAUCUGGAUCAUGGCGCCCGUAAUUUGCUUUAGUCCAUAUCUAUGUAUCAGAGGCUGAAAAGGUCGUUCGACUAUAACUGGCAAGGAAGAAGACGUAGACGACGGGAGAGAUGCCUAACCCCGCAUAGAACUAAUUACAAUAGGAACCCCUUUAUAGCCAUUCCGACAAAGUCGUACCACAAAGAUUGAAACUAACUCAUUCCAGUAUCGGGAGAUGGGACGUCACAUUUGCUGACAUAUUUGCUUAAUUAUUACUGUUAGUCAAAUCUUAUUUAAGCAUAUACCAUUAGUUUGUAUAUUUAUUAUGUUUUAUUAUGAAUUGUAAUAAUUAUUUCAUUUGUUCGCAAUUUACGCAUUUACGUUUUUACACUUAUCCGUAUAGUGUAUUAAUUUAAAUGUCUUACACAGGACUUGUAUUCAAACCAAUAAUGAUCACAAGGUAGAGACAUGGGUGUCAACUUUUUUAUGAGGAACACAAAGAUUCGGAGGUAGAUGAAGGAGUAAGUAUAUACUCCGAAACGUUGUGUUCCUCCUUAUAAAGAAGUUGACAUCCAUAGAUUCCCUUCCUCGUGUGUAUCACUCCUAAAUGCCAUUCAAAGACUUAAUCAUGAUCCUGAAAUAAACUCACCAAGGCCACUCUUCAGAUCUAUUUUCUUCAAAAUGUUCAUACCUUGAUCUACGAACAUAUUUUGCUAAUUUUCGCACUGUUGUGUUGUAUUAAUGUAACACUGUGUAUGAAUAAUAUGGCAGCAAUAUUUUGGUGUAUCGGUUAACCGUUGCUUUUUCAUUUCCCAACAUUUCUGUCAUGCCUAAACAUCUAAUAAAACUAUGAAGGCCAUUCUUUGUUCUCUCCGUCGUGAUACUGUAAAUCUUGAAAUUAACGCGAGCGCGAAUUAAAUGCGAAAAAUGCGAGUGGUCUUUGCUCGCAUUUUUAAACAUCGCAUUUAUAUCAACAAUAAGACAUUGUUGGAUAGCAAAAAUACCAACUCAGACAUACGCUGA